AUGGCAUCAGCGCCCGAAACAAAAUUGCCGGAAACCGACAGCUCAGACGCGGGUUCUAGUUUCUUUGAUGACUUUUGCAUUCCCGUAAAUUUGGUUAUAACUGCAAUUAUCAUAAUAUUGGUGUAUAAAAUAUAUGCGAAGUUUACAAAGGUUCCUGCUGAAAGCCCGGCGCUGGAGUUACCCAAAAUUCGUAAGGAUAUGACAGUUGCCGAACUUCGUCAAUAUGAUGGUAACCAGCCUGACGGCAGGGUGCUGGUGGCAGUCAACGGGUGGAUAUUCGACGUGACGCGAGGACGCAGAUUCUACGGGCCCGGUGGACCCUACGCAGCUUUUGGAGGGAAGGAUGCAUCGAGAGGUCUAGCUACAUUCUCAGUGACAUCAUCAGACAAGGAAUAUGAUGACCUUAGUGACCUUAACUCAAUGGAAAUGGAAUCUGUCAAGGAGUGGGAGGCGCAGUUCAGAGAGAAAUACGACCUGGUAGGGAGGUUAUUGAAGCCGGGUGAGGAACCUAUAAACUAUUCAGAUGAAGAACCAGAUGAGACUGACACCUCGACGCCUACACCUGUCGAAGAAAAGAAGGAUCAAUAG